AUGAUUGAUGAAAUGAUAACCUCUGGGGUAAUCAGAAACAGCACUAGUCCUUAUUCUUCACCUAUUGUCAUGGUGAAGAAAAAAGAUGGAUCAUGGAGGAUCUCUACUUGGUCUGAUCACUUGUUACAUCUAGAAGAGGCCUUCAAAAUACUAAGAAGUAAUGUUUUGUUUGUGAAUAAGAGCAAAUGUGACUUUGGAGUUCUUAAAAUUGACUACUUAGGUCAUGUGAUCUCUGAGGGAGUAGUGGCAAUGGACCAACAUAAACUAGAUGUUGUGUCCCAAUGGCCUGAACCAAAAACACUAAAGGGACUUAGGGGAUUCUUGGGACUGACUGGUUAUUAUAGGAGGUUCAUCCAAGGGUAUGGAGUCAUUGCUAGGCCCUUACAUGAUUUGCUUAAGAAGGGCAGUUUUCACUGGAAUCAGGAGGCUACUAUUGCCUUUGAGAAGCUUAAAAAGGCACUCACAUCUGCACCUGUGCUUACUCUCCCUGAUUUCUCUAAGGAAUUCACAGUUGAAACUGAUGCAUCGGGUUAA